AAGACAAUCGUUGCUAUUCAAAGAUGGCGGUCAUAACAAACGUGUGGAAGUGCGGUAGGAGAACUAUUUUUCCGUCGUUUGUCGUUAUUUGCUUCUGUCUAUUGCCAGUAUUGUGUGAGGAAGAAGCGGAUAUAAACUUCAACUUCAGUGAAAUCCCUGGAAUCGACCCUGAUGAGUUUGAGGAACCAAUUGGGAAAAUCAGGAGAGGUGCCACAAGACAUGUGGAUGAAAUUAAGAAGGAAAAACUACCUCAGGAUUACUACCAAAUGCAUGCUGGAAAGAAGUUGUUUUUGACGUCUGAUGGCAAGAGGAAACUGCACAUCUUUUGCUAUAAUGGGGAGUCAAAGGUGCUCAUUACAGUCUUCAAAACUGUUGAGCUUCACCUAGACAUUGAGGAUGACAAUUUCCAUCACUACGAGGGUCAGAACUCAUCAGUCGUAAGACAGCAGCACCAAGAUGCCUCCUGGCUGGCUUUUUAUCCAUGGCGGGUUAGAACAUUUAAGCUUGACUUGUACAAGCCAUCUUGCAUUGGGAUUGACAGCAAGAAUGGGUUCAAGGUUGAACUGCGUGUAAGAUGGGUGGACUUCUGGCGUGUCACAAUGCUUUUGAGCGCUGUGGUGUUGUUCUUCAUGUCUAGACACCUUGCAAAGAAUGUGUUUUUCCACUACACAACAGGCAUCACAUUUGGGGUCUUUGGGUCCCUUCUGAUUUUGGUGUAUAUUCUGGCAAGGCUUAUUCCAAAGAAAUCAGGUGCUGUAACAGUAAUGAUUGGUGGAUGGGGUCUAGCUGUCUACCUGAUCCAGUACUUGUGGCAGAAUCUGGUAACAAUUAUCAAGGAGAAUCAUGCAAUUGCUGUAGGGUAUGUUGUUGUAGCUGGACUGAUAAGCUUUGCCAUUGUAUAUCGAUAUGGACCGCUGACAGACCAAAGAUCUAUCAACUUGGUGCAAUGGGCUAUGCAGAUGGUUGCCAUUAUCGUGGUGUUCUUGAGUAGCCAAUAUCGUGAGGCAACACUUGGACUAGUGAUCGUCAUGCUGUCAUACCAUAAUGUGCCUGACAAGUGGAAAGCGAAAGCUCUCACUUACUGGAGACGUCGGUUUCCUCCAAAGGUGAGGCCGCUGACAGAGGAAGAGUACAUUCAGCAAGCAAAUGUUGAGACGCGCAAAGCUCUUGAGGAACUGAGGAGUUUCUGUCGAUCCCCAGGCUGUGAUGCUUGGAAAACUGUCUCAAGACUAAAAAGUCCUCAGAGAUUUGUGGAGUUUGUUGGAAAACCUCAAAAGAGGAUCAGUUCCACAUCAAAGAAAGCCAACAGGGAGAGAUUCGCAGAAUUUGUGGAAGGCGGCUCCCAUCUGGACGACGACAUGAUCCUUGCUUAUGAGAGUAACCAUUUAACUCCUACGCGUCUAGAUGAUGAAGAACUGUUCCUCACAACAGACAGUGAAGAAGAUGCUGACUGAAUUUAAAGGAGCAAAUACUUUGGUUUAGUACUUAAGACCAAUUAAUCACCUCACAAGAUACUUGAGACCUCAAGUGAAACUGCCUUUCUUCUUUUUCAUUUGUUAUGUGUCUGCAGUUUGUAUGGUCAACUGGUUUUAGUUAUAUUGCAUUGACUUCAAGAAUGUUUUCAGAAAAAAGGAUGGACAAUUUUGCUUAUGGUAUAUGCAUUCACUCAGCAAUAAUUUUGUUCUUAAGAGAUUGAGCUUCUUGUCUUGUAUAUAUUGUCAAAACUAAUGUAUUCAGUAAAAAAAAAAUCUUUCUUUUCUUUUUGUUCUAAAAAAGUUAUCUCAAGGUUAAUUGUAUUGAUCUCAGUCACUCAAAAAUACAUAUUCCCCAGAUAUCUUCAUGUGUGUAUCAUAAUAAUUAUUCUAAGAUUCAAGAUUCUCAUUUUUAGAUACACAAUAAUUUAAUAUGAAACAGCCAUUAUGUUUAGUAUUAGUAAUUGUGAGCUGAUUUCACCUGAAAUACCUACUUGUUUGUCACAUUUUUGGGAACUCUUAUGUAUCUAACUUCUUUUCAUGUUAUGGUCGUUUUUGUAUGUUUUUGCAUGAUGUAGCUGAUCCAACCCAGUGCUCAAUGAUGACUCAUUUCAUCCCCACUCUUCUUUCACCAUUCAUUCAUCAAGCAAAUGCUGUUCAGCAUACUUUCCUAAUUUAAGAGAGAAAUAACUAAGUUAAAAGUGGUAAUCGGCCAUGUUAAGGUAUGGAUGUGGCUGGUUUGGCAGAGUGCAUGAAACAAGCAGUAUGAGAUGAGAGAAAUAGAAAAGGACAAUGAGAGAUCCAAUAAUGUAGCACUUACUUAGUUUUACAAAAUGUUGAUAUUGUGCUUCCACAUACUAUUUAUUAAAAUGUAUGUAAAAUAUAACAUUGAAAAUAAAUACAUAAAGUCAUACGAUUAAAAAACUAUGUACAGUCAUAUCUAUUUGACCUAAACAACCUUGAAAUGUUGAAUUAGGAUUGCAGUAUCAGCAUUUAACUGGUUAACAUUUUUUAUCUUACUCUGAGGUUUGCAAAUUUUCAAUUUCUUCAGUAUCUUUGCCACAUAUAGAUGCAGGUAUCUAUGCAGAUUGAUUGCCAUUCAUUAUGGAUCAUGUAUAUCAGUGGUAACAACAGUAAUUUUAAGCAAUGAGUGAGAUCAGUGAACAAUAAUGAAAUUACGGUGAAAGUUCUAUGCAUAAAUUGUUCAUCUAAACUCAUCUCUCAUAGAAAAACUACCAGACAACAGAAAGGUUAUACUGAUGGGGUAUGAAUUACAUAAGUAGAUAACACAACAGUCUCGCCCAGGUAUUUACUCCAACAUUUCUUGUCUUUUACAUUUAAAGUGCUAACUUUUUGGAUCUCUAAAUACUGCUGAUGCAAUUUUUAUAUACCUGGAGUGAUUGGUUUGCUAUUGUUUAUAAUCUUAUACAAAGUAUGAGAAUGAUAACAUGUAACUCCAUUGUAACUUAAUAAGAAUCUGCCAAAUAGUUGAAUAAGAUUGAUGUGAUUUUUCUCAUUGAGAGGAGUGAUUUUUAAAACAAUACAAUAAGUCUUAUAUUUAUUUCUACAUCUCUAUAGUUUGUAAUGAAAUAUUGUAAAAGUUUACUUACAUAAAUGAAACGGUUAUUA